AUGAUGAUGCAGUUUUUGCCUCUUACAGAAUGUGUCCCACUGCUCGCGAGCCAAUAUGCUGUUACCAAAAUGUCUAACACCGGAAUAGAAUACAACGAGCUGAACGAUCGCACCAAAGGAAGCCAAGAUAGUCCGAGUCACACGUCCGACACGGCGUAUGACUCAUGCCUCAGUCCGCUCCAGCCAAGCGAUGGCUGUAACUUCAAUACCACCAUCAACGUGUGCGCCAUUUGCUGUGAUCGGGCAACGGGCAAGCACUAUGGCGCCGCAUCUUGCGACGGUUGUAAAGGGUUCUUCCGGAGGAGCGUACGGAAGAACCACACCUAUUCCUGCAGAUUCUCACGAAAUUGUGUGGUGGACAAAGACAAGCGCAACCAGUGCCGCUACUGUAGGCUAAAAAAGUGCUUUAAAGCUGGCAUGAAAAAGGAAGCGGUUCAGAAUGAGCGCGAUCGCAUCAGCUGUCGCAAGCCAAGCACGGACGAUAAGAACACCAUCGACGGGUUGUCGGUGAAAUUUUUGCUGCGCGCGGAAAACUUUAGCCGCCACUUCGGGGCGGCCCUGGACGACACGAACGACGCGGACGAAGGGGAUCUGUCGUCGAAGCGAUUCGCCAGCAUCAACGAUGUGUGCGACUCGAUGAAGCAACAGCUGCUGAUACUGGUUGAGUGGGCAAAAUCGAUACCGGCGUUCGCGCAGCUACAGAUCGACGAUCAGGUUGCGCUGCUGCGGGCCCACGCCGGUGAGCAUCUGCUGCUGGGAUUGUCGCGCCGGUCGAUGCACCUGCAGGACAUGCUGCUGCUCGGGAACAAUUGCAUCAUCACGAAGCAGUGCCCGGACGCCAACAUGUCGCCCAACCUGGACAUCUCGCGCAUCGGGGCGCGCAUCAUCGACGAGCUAGUGAGUGCCAUGAAGGAGAUACAGAUCGACGACUCGGAGCUGGCGUGCAUUAAGGCGCUAGUGUUUUUCGAUCCAAGUGCUAAAGGACUGAACGAACCCGCCAAGAUUAAAUCGUUGAGACAUCAGGUACUAAACAACCUAGAAGACUACAUAUCGGAUAAGCUGUACGAUUCACGGGGUCGGUUCGGAGAGAUUUUGCUUUUGCUACCCGUACUCCAAUCCAUAACCUGGCAGAUGAUCCAGCAAAUUGAGCUUGCCAAAAUGUUUGGUGUCGCGCACAUCGACAGCCUGCUGCAGGAAAUGUUGCUCGGAGGCGAUACGAUUGAUACCUCGUCGGCAAUCACCUCACCGAUGAACGCGAUGAACACCAACAACAGUCCGUCGGACUCGUGCGAUGGCCCGCAACUUGGCAACUCGAUGGGCACGAGCGUUGACGGGUCACACGACCAGCAGCAGCAGCAACAGCAGCAGCAGCAGCAACAGGAUUCCUUAGUACAAAUGUCGUCGCUGAGCGGUUCCAGCUACGGCACCGAUGCCGACAGCUUGCUGAUUUCGUCAAUGGACACCAUCGCCGGGCCGCCGGCUGGUCCGAGCAGUGGUGGUGUCAGUAGCAACUACUGUAACCGUGCCAAGCUGGCCGGAUCGCCCGGCGCGGACCAAUUGAGUGGUCUGAGCGUUGGACGGACGACGAGCGGUGCUUACAUGCCUCAGUCUGGGGGACAGCGGCACGGUAUCGGUGCACCGGAUGCAACGGUCGUCGCUGACAUCUACUUCCACGCCCCGACGAGCGUCGGUGGCGCAUCGCUGCAGCUCGACACCGACGUUGCCAUGUACAACAACAACCAUCUGAGCUGCUGCCAAAGCGAGCUCGGGCCGAAGGGCUGCGAGAUGGUGAAGAUCGAAGCGAAACGUGAGCCGGAGAAUGCCUAACUCUAAUAUUCCACAAAUCUCCCGCACAGUGCGUUGGGCAGAUCGAAGGCGCACGAAAAAAGAGGAGCACGGGACACAACGGAUAUUUUCAUGUGCGCGAGGAUUCCCGGGUCAAGACUUGCCGGUGAAUCUCGCUGCUUCCCAUUUCUUUUGUUUGUUUUGUUGUUUGAUUUGAUUUGGUUGUAUUUUUGUUGUUUUUUUUUCUAUCGAUGUUCCUAGCGGUGGUUUUGUGUUUUACUUCCGAAUCGGUUUCUCUUUAUUUCACUUCAUUACUGUAGGCUGUUCGGUUGUGGGCAAAUUAUCGCAAUACUUCUUUUUGUUUUUUGACAGUUGAUAAGUGCGGAAGAUAAGCGCAGAGUAGGUGGCAGAUUAGAUUGGGUGGGAUGGAUGACCGUUUGUUAGAAGAAGAAAAAACCAACCCUUUCCUUGACCGGCUGCGGCGGCGGCGGCGGUGGUGCCUUAUUGCGUUUUGUGGCUGAUGGUGUUGAUAUUUGUUAGAAACUUGCCAGGCAAGUUAGGAAAUGUUUAGUUUAGUUUAUGAAACAAAUGUUUGACUCACUGCGUGAGGGUUUAGUUCUUGUACAUAUUCCGGGUGCGGUGAUUCGGGGGCGGUGAUUUGUUAUACUCUUUUCCGUAGGCUAGGCGUUCCCUUCACUCCCGCGUAAAGGAAGCUAUUCAGAGACUUGUUUUUACUUUCCUUUUCUGUUUUCUGGGACGAAAAGUGCAAAUAAACAAAUGAAAAAGUUGACUGUUA